UCGUUCUGUCUCGUGUGUGUCACGUGAUCAUUCCAACAUGGCUCUCUGCUCCACUCGUUCUGAAGCUGCACAAUAGCAACAUGGCAAUAUUUCAUGUUAUGGAAUCUGUUUCAUUUUUAUGGUUGAUUAAAUAAGUUGAGACAAACACUUAAAGAUGAAGCUCCGAGUACAACUGCAGUGCAAGAACCUUCAUGAAUACCUGAAGGAACUGAGUCCGGACAUCCUGGACAGACUGUACAACCACCCAGCUACAUGUCUCGCCGUUUACAGGGAGCUCCCAUCUCUGGCAAAGAAUUAUGUGAUGCGAAUGCUGUUCCUGGAUCACGCCCUCCCGCAGGCAGCCGUGGCAUUGUGGGUCAAAAAAGACAGCCAAAAGGAUCAUGACCAGUGUGUGUCCAUGCUGACUGGACUGAGACUGUGGCACAGCCAGCAGCUGCAGGGAGGCCUUCAGGGCAUCGUGCUCAACCCUGUGUUUAAGGAUAACCUGAGGAUCGCACUGCUCGGAGGAGGUAAGCCGUGGGCAGAUGAGGGCAGUAGUCUCGGCCCUGAUCGGCACGCGCGGGACAUAGAUAGCCUGGACCGCUACGCCAUGGAGCGCUGGGAGGUGAUCCUGCACUUCAUGGUGGGCUCCCCAAGUGCUGCAGUCAGCCAGGACCUCGCUCAGCUCCUCAUCCAGGCCGGCCUCAUGAAGAGUGAGGCUGGUGAAGCGCCGUGCAUCACUUCAGCUGGGUUUCAGUUUCUGCUACUCGACACGGCCUCUCAGCUGUGGUACUUCACCCUGCAGUACCUCAAAACAGUGCAGUCUAGAGGGAUGGACCUCGUGGAGAUUCUUUCCUUCCUGUUCCAGCUGAGUUUCUCCACCCUUGGCAGGGACUAUUCUGUUGAAGGCAUGAGCGAGUCUCUGCUGACGUUCCUGCAGCACUUGCGAGAGUUCGGCCUGGUUUUCCAGAGAAAGAGGAAGUCCAGGAGGUACUACCCCACUAGACUGGCGAUAACGCUGGCUGCCGGAGUCACUGCCAACUCUUCAUCAUCAUCAUCAUCAUCAUCCUCUUCCUCCUCCUCUUCUACUGCUUUGACUCCUUCCUCAGGAACAGGAGACUCCGGUUUCAUUGUGGUAGAAACCAACUAUCGUGUUUACGCUUACACAAAUUCGGAGCUGCAGAUCGCUCUGGUUGCUCUCUUCAGCGAGAUGCUGUAUCGGUUUCCUAACGUGGUCGUGGCGCAGGUCACCAGAGAGUCUGUGCAGCAGGCUAUUGCUAACGGCAUCACAGCACAACAGAUCAUCCACUUCCUGAGGACCAGAGCACAUCCUGUUAUGCUCAAACAGAUACCAUCUUUUAUUUCCUUUGCUCUUUCUUUUUUCUUUUUUUUCUUCACAGACGCCGGUACUGCCUCCAACCAUCACGGAUCAGAUCAGACUGUGGGAGCUCGAGCGAGAUCGCCUGCAGUUUACAGAAGGUGUAUUGUACAACCAGUUCCUGUCACAGGCUGAUUUUGAGGUUCUGCGCGAUAGAGCUCAGGGUUUGGGAGUGUUGGUGUGGCAGAACCCACAGCACAGGGUCAUGGUGGUGACGCCGCAUGGACACAGCGAGGUUAAGAGGUUCUGGAAGAGACAGAAGAGUCACACGUAGGACGAAACGGACUCCAUGUGUCCUUCAUAUGCUGUAUAUAUGCAUUUAACACAUUUCUACAUGAUCAAAACUGUACGGUUUAAAGAGUUGGAGCGAGAAUAAGGAUAAGUUAAUGUGAAAUAUUUUGCACUUGAA